AUGACUGAAGUACAACAACAACAACAGAGUGUUAUAACUCCUUGGAGUUGCUCAUUCAUGACAAGGGAUGAGUUCAAUCAGCUGUCACAACAACCUUUACAGAUAGUCUCAAGGGCAGAGUUAAAGAUCAAACAACUGCUACAACAGUUGGAGACUGUGUCUGCUAAGCAAUCAGUUGAUUCUACAAAUGCUGAACAACUAUUCCAACAACUUGAGACCAACUAUAUCAACUGUAAAAAGGAUUAUGAUACAAUCAAUCAAGAUAAUCAAAGGUUCAGAGAUGAGAUACAACAACUAAGCCAAAAGAAUGCUGAACUAUUGGAGGAGUCACAUAGGUUUAGACAGAUGUCUAUUGAGAAGGAGUCAAGAGCUAAUACAUUGGGCAAGCUGUAUGAUGAGUUGCAUCAGGAGAAGGUGGGACUGCAUAAUAUCAUCGAGAGGAAACAGAGAGAGUUGGGCGAGGAGACCGACACUGUGAAGAAGUUGACCGAGCGUCUCAACGAGUCGAUCCAGUCCAAGACCGAGCAGUCGUCCAAACUACUCACACUCGAGAACGAGAAGACAUCCAACGAGUACCUCAUCCGUCGUCUCAAGCAAGAGAUCGAUGAGCUCAAGACCCAGAACAAGCACAUGGACGAAGUCUGUCGCAAGCACACCCAGUCCUACUACGUCGACCUCAAGGAGCUUAAAUCAAACCUCUCAGAGAUGACUAGCAAGGCUGAGCAGCUGGCUGAUGAGAACGCCAGAGUGAGGAAGCAGAUGGCGUCACUGCAGGACAGAGAGGACGAGUAUGAGAAGACGAUUGAGACACAUUUGCGCGAGAUCAAGGCUAUGAAGGAUGAGCGCGCACAGAACCUGGCACAGUUUGAGCAGGAGUUGGAGAUGCAGAAGCGUCUGGUCACGCUAUACAAGGAGGGCCAGGAGGACGCCACCAAGAAGAUCACCACCCUGCAGUCCCAGAUCGACUCACUCAAGGAGGUCGACCGCAAGCUGCGCAAGGAACACGAGGAUGCCUACAAGAAGAUGGAGGACGCCUACGAUUCGCUCGAGGAGAACUACCAGCGCGUGUGCAAGGAGUUUGAUGAGUACAAGACUAGCAGCGACAAUAACAACAACAACGCCGCAACACCCGAUCUGUCGCAGAUGGACGUGCCCGUGCUAUCGGACCCCACCAAGCGCCGCAUCCAAGAGGUCACCAGUCUGGGCAGCCGCGAGGAUAUGCGUCGCGAGCUGCUCGACAUGGUCGUUCGCUACGACGACCUUGCCAAGAUCACUCUCAAUGAGCGCCGUCAGAAGCGCUUCCUACAGGACAACCUGGACCACGUCCUGCGCGAGGUCGAGAAGAAGGCCCCAAUCAUACACGAGAAGAACCGCGAGUUCCAGCGCCUGCUCAAGACUCAGGAGAAGCUGCUCAACACAUACCAGGAGCUGCAGUCCGAGAAGGACACCCUCUCCCUCAAGGUGUCGACCAUCACCACCGAGAAUGUUAAGCUGAGACAAGAGGCCAACGACCUGCAAAAGCAGGUGCGCAACCUUCUCAAGGAGGCACUGGACAACAACAAGAGCGUGGCAGCAGUUCAGGCACAGUCGCCAUCGCUCGUUCCCGAGCAGAUGAGGCGCUCAUCACUCUCGUCGUCGACACUCUCCACAUCAGAGAUCGAUCAGAUUAUACCUGACUCAUUGAUCACAUUCAACACGAUCGAGGAGCUGCAGGUCAAGAACCAGGAGCUGCUGCGCAGCGUCAGACGACUCAGCCAAGAGAUGGCCUCGCACAACCAGAAUGACAAGAAGCUCGAGAUGGCUAUCCAGGAGCUCGAGAUGCUGCGCUCGUCGCGCGAGCGACAGGCCGAAGCCAUCCAAUCGUUGGUCAAGCAGCGCGAUCACUACAAGAACCUCUCGCAACAGUCUGGCCUGUACGCCAGCGACAACUCUAUCUCAUCGCCCGUCAAGACCAUGUCGGCGUCGUCUCUCUUUGGCUCUGGCUCAUCGCCAUUUGGCAAGCAGUCGACUGGUGGUGCUUCCAAGUCCCCCAACCAGCAACAGCAACAACACAUGUCCGCGUCGUACAACAGCGAGGAGGACAAGAAGGAGAUUGAUCGCCUGCAGAAAUCACUCAGGGAGCUUCAGCACGAGUACGAGCAGUACACCGCCGACCGCAAGGCCAACGACAGAGACAAUAUGGCCAAGAUCGACAAGCUCAAGGAGGAGAACACCUCGUUCAAGGUGAGCGUGGCGCAGGUGCAGGGUCAAAACAACCUGCUGGAGGAGCGCACCAAGAUGCUGACGAGCACGUACGAGUCCCAGAAGAAGGACGUCGAGUCGUACCGCGAGAAGAACAACGAGUGCAUGCAGAUCAUCGUCAAGCACCAAAAGACGCUGGAGGAGAACCGCACAACCAUCUCGCAUCUGCAAGAACAGACGCGCCUGCUCGAGACCAAGGUAGCCAACUUCAAGAGCGAGAAUGAGAUCAUCAAGUCGUCGGAGCUGCGUCUCAUCGAGAGCAACAAGUGGCUGUCAAACGAGAAGAUCAACCUGGAGAACAUACUCAACACGAUCAACUCGAUGAACCUCUCCAAGGAGGGCGCCGAGCAGGAGCUGCGUCGCAAGCUGGAGAACGACAUCAACUCACAGGAGACCAGCCGUCUCGCGAUGAAGAAGGAGCUCGACGACGAGCGCCAGGCGAACAAGGACAACACCCUCAAUCAGAACCAUCAGUUGAACGAGAUGCGCGAGCGCGUCGAGAAGAAGGAGAAGGAGGUGACCGAGCUCAAGGAGAAGGUCCUCAAGUCCAAGAUCGUCGAUCAGACUCAGCAGCAGAGGAUCACAUCACUCGAGUCCCAACUCGCCAAUGCCGAGGUGCGAUUCAACGCACUGAUCGAGAGGAGCCAGCAUCAGGCCGCCGGUGCGCCCUCAUCAUCCAGCAACGCCGCUAGCCAGGAGGCGUCGUCCAACAACGCCGUGACCAGUCUGGACCUGUCGCUGGCGCGCUCCGAGAUCGAGAGUCUCAAGGAGUCGCUCGAGCAGGAGAAGGACAACGUCAUCCACUACAAGUCAAUCGCAGUGUCCAGCGAGAGCGACCUGACCAAGCUAAAGGAGGAGAACACCAAGCUGCAGCUGGAGUUUGAGGAGAAGCUGAAGGAGGUCGUGGAGGCCAACGCCAGCCUGCAGGAGCAGCUCAAGGAACAGUCGGUCAAGAUGGAGAAGUACGAGCAGUUCUCGUCCACUCACAAGCAGGACAUCGACCUGAUCGUCGCACAACGCGACAGCCUCACCACACAGAAGGACACUCUUCUUGCGACAAUCAACACCUUGCAGGCGGCCCAAGAGCAGGCGGUCAAGGAGGCGUCGAUCCAGUCAGAGAUGGCCGAGCGAGCCACCAAGAAUUACGAGCGCGAGCUCAUGCUACACGCUGAGGACAUCAAGAUUCUGCCAGCACUGCGCAACGAGCUGCAGGAGGCCAAGCACAUGAUCAACUCGCUCACUUCCAAGAUGGAGAGCAGCGUUGGCGCGUUCGAGGAGACACAACGCUCGUGGCUCGAGCAAGAGACCCUGCUCAAGGCACAGAUCACCGAGUUUGAGGAGCGUAUAAAGGACAUGAAGCAUCAGAACACGCUGCUCCAAUCACAGAUCGACACCAUCUCGCAGCAGUCUUCCAAGAUCGAGAGGAUGACCGCGUUCAUUGGCCAGGCACAGUCGGGCUCGAUGGACAAUACCGGCAUGGACGAGAAGGAGAAGCUCAUUGCCAAUCUUCGCGAGCUUACACAGGUUCAGGCGCGCGAGCAAAAGAUACUGGAGGUGCGCAACGAGUCGCUCACACAGGAGAACAGCCGUUUGCGCCAGACCACCCAACAGAACCAGCGCACGAUCGAGACUCUCACACAGAAGCUGCAGGAGCAGCAAGACCAUCUCAAGAACAUUGUGUUUAGCGCACGCAAGCACGAGGAGGUCCUUAAGCAGCUCGACCAGAUGAACCUGUUCCGCGAGAGCAACAUCAUGCUAAAGGAGGAGACUAACAAGCUGCAGGCUCAGCUCAAGAUCGCCCAUGCCAGUCACAAGGAGAUGGAGGAGAAGCUGGUACCGCUCGUUCAGCAGACACGUUCAUUGGAGCGCGAGAACCAGGUCCUCACCGGCGAGAUUGAGGCACAGCGCAUUGAGAUUAGCAACUGGUCGACCAAGGUUGAGAAGCUGCUUCACAAGUAUCAGAGCAUCGACCCAGAGGUUCAUCAGACACUGGUGGUCCAGCAUGAGACACUCACCAAGGAGAACCAGAGCCACAUCGAGCAGCUCGAGGAGGUGAAGAAGCAUGCCAAGCACUGGAAGGAUGAGGCCAAGAAGGCGCAGCUGGUCAUCCAAACACAGAAGCACGAGAAGACCGAUCUGGAGACGGCCAAGAAGACGUUGGAGGACUCCCUAAGCCAGCAGAGACUGCAACUCGAAGCCGCCCAGCAGACGCACGGCUCAGCCAACGAGACGUACGAGAAGAAGAUUGAGGACCACAAGAAGAAGCAACAGAACCUUCUCAAGAUGGUCAAGGAGUCAAAGGAGAAGAAUGAGACGCUCACCAAGACACUGAGCGAGAAGGAGAAGUUGCUGAAGGAGGCCACCGAUGCCAAUGAUAUGAUGAAGUCCAAGAUGAAGGUGUAUGAGAUGCGCUCAAAGGCACCUGCCACAGCACAACCGGUAUCGGCGCCUACAUCCCCGUUGCCCACUCCAGAGAAGCAAGCGGCCGCGCCUGUGCCACCAUCGACACCUGUGGCUGCACCAGCACUUCAGGGUGCUGUCGACUCUCAGCAGUCACCACAACAGCCACCAAUCAGACGCCAGUUUAAGAAGCAGGCUGCCCCUGCAAUGUCCACAUUCUUGAACAAGGUAGCCCCCUCAAUAUUCGCAGCGGCCUCAACACCAGCAACACCCGCGCCAUUGGCAGCAACACCUACACCUGCACCAGCAACACCUACACCAACACCAUCCAUUUUCUCCCCAACUCUAUCGACAGCCUCGACCACUCCAGCACCUGCCAUACCAGCUGUCUUUGUUCCAACACCAUCCACAGUUCCAGCCACAUCCAUCACAAGCACAGCCACAACACAGAUUGACUCGCCCGUCAUGGCUACAGGUGGUGAGCAGCAAGCUGCUUUAGAAAUGGACUCCACAAAGACUCAACAACAGCAACAACAACUUAUUGUUGCCCCAACUUCAGAGACGGAUCAGCAUACUCUAUCUCCACCACACACACCAAUCAAUGAUCAAUCGAUGAUUGAUUCGCCAUCACAGACAGAGGAACAUAUGUCCGAGUCAAAGGAGGACGAGGAGGGCAAGGACAUGGGAGACGAGACCGGCGUCGACUCAUCCUUUGACACAGAGGUGCAGACGACGCACGCUGUGAAGAAACAGAGACUCGAUGUACACGACUCCCAGAACACAUACUCUGACGAUGAGGGUGGCAUUGAGGAGGAGGAGAACAUGGACGUUCCAAACGAGGUCAUGGAGGACGAGGAUGGAAUUGUGCAUGAGGAAGACAUCACUUCAUCGACAGACCUGACUACCAGCUCAUCAUCCAACGCUGAUAUUCCUGCACAAUCAGAGACCACAACUACCACCACAACUACAACAACUUCAUCAUCAUCAUCUUCAUCAUUAGCAAUGGCGCAAACACCAUCAACACCAUCAGCAGUACAACAACAACAACAACAAACUACAGAUACACCAUCGUCUACAGGCAAGAGAAAGCUCAAUAGGAAUACGAUUGCCGGAGUAGUUCCAGCAAUGCCCCAGUUUGUCAAUAUUACCAAGCAGCCACGCAAGAGCAUCAAGAGCAAUGCUGCGGCUACACCAGGCGCAGCGGCAACACCCGAAUCGACACCAGGUGCCUCGCAGCCAGACACUCCAGCUGCACUGACAGACAAUGCUACGACACCCGGCGGACAAUAA